AUGGCGAAGGAGCCUGAGGGCAACUGGGGUUCCAGGCUGCUCACCGGGUUCCUCACCGCCAGCCCCAUAACGCUCAUCAGCCUGGCAUCCUGCAUCUCCUAUGCGCACCUUCUGGAGCCCAUUGGCUUUCACCGGUCACCCCAGUGUCCGUCCGUGGCCGUCCUGUGCUCAGCCAGCAUCUUCUCGGCGGGCUUCUCAAAUCUGGUCCACAACCUCAUGUCACACUGCCCAUUCCUGAUCACCUGCCCAGACAUUACCUUCACGCUCUUUCUUCAGGCAGGGCAGCGGUCGAUCUCACACCGUCACAACGUAAAUGAGGCAACGGCCUUUGUGGGGCUUCACGUGGACGCCCUCGUGUUGGGCCUUCUUUUCUUCGUACUGGGAAAGCUCCGGGUCAUGGCGGCGCUUCGCUACCUUCCCUAUCCGGUCGUGGCGGGCUUUCUGGCGAUGAUUGGCGCGGCCGUGAUCAAGGGGGCCUUCAAGAUCCUUCUGGCGGAUCCGAAAAACGAAUCCUGCCACCUCGCCACGGUCAUCGCCAUCCUCUUCGCAAGCAGCGUGCUGGGCCUGAAGCAGUAUGGGGUGAGGACCAGCGUCAGCGCACCACUCCUCAUCAUCCUGCUACUGGCCACCUUCUACACCUGGGCUGGCGUUGCUGGCCACUCCCUCCCAGACCUGGCCGAGCAGGGCUGGCUCUCGCCUUCCAGCGCCAACUCCCAGUCGCCCAUCGGCAUCUUCUUCACAGACUGGUUUGAAGUUGACUACAUGGCCACGCUUCCUGGCUUCGAGUCUUUGCUGCUGCUUCUGGUAGCCACGAUCAUGCGUGCUCUAACAGUGAUUGCCAUCGAGUCUGCUCUGGCAGACGAGCCCUACAGCGUGGACGCAGAAAUGUCCUGGCUCGGCCUCGCCACGGGCAUCGGGGGCGUGCUCGGCGGGGUUCCCAUGAACGCGACCUCGGCCAUGACGGACCUGAACAAGGAGGGCGUGAAGGGGGACAGCCUAACUGCGCGUUUGACCGCGAUCAUCAUCACGGCACUCCACCUGCUCAUGUGGGGCUCAGGCUUUCCCCUCGUGGACUACCUCCCCCGAUUCCUGCUGGGGGGGCUUCUGAUGCAGAUGGGGGGUGGCAUGCUGCUGGACUGGGCCGUUUUGGUACUCCAGCGGCUGCAGUGGACGGGUGCCGUUGUGGUUUGGGCCAUGGUGGGCAUCAGCGUCUUCACUGACAUGACCCAUGGCAUUGUGGUUGGGCUUGUGCUGGCCCUUGGCUUUGUCAGCGUCCGCUUCACGAAGUUGGAGGUGCUGAAGUAUCAUGUCACGGGCAUCCACUUCAGAUCUGGGACAUUGUACUCCGAUGCACAGCGAAGUAUUCUGAAGAAGUACGGGGAUCAGACCCAGGUGGUCGGGCUCACAGGUUUUGUUUUCGAGGGCGUGGCCAUCGCCUUCGCGACGUAUCUCAAAGAAGUUGUGCACAGCACGAGGGAGCUCAAGACCUUGGUGAUUGACUGCGCGGCCUGCCAGGGCAUGAACGACUCCGCCUGCUCACACUUCCUGAAAGUCGCGCAGAUGUGCGCGUCGAAAGAUGUUAGCCUGGUGUUCUGCAGCCUGAGCCCCUACGAUGAGAUGCUGCUGACGAGCUGGAAUCUCGAACCCUAUGGUUGCCAGAUCAUGCCCUCCGUGUCGGAGGCCUUGGACAAUGCCGAGCAAGAAACUCUGCGGCACUGGUUGCAGCCAGUGACGCCCACUCUUCGAAGCAGCGGGCAUGAGCCCAAAGUCACCGCAUUGGAGAAAUGGCUGGGCAAAGGGGUGGCCAAGGAGCUGCUCGGGAUUGGAGAAUUCUACGUCUUCGACACCGGCGAGGUGAUAAGUGGUCAGGAUGAGAUUGUCGAUGCCAUUAUGAUUGCUGUGCCAGGGUUCUCCGACGUGCAGAUAGAGGUCCAGACAGGGACCCAGAACAAACCCGCGCGGCUUCUGCGGACGUCCCACGGAGCAGUUUGUCCUGCAGAGGCCCUCAUCGGCAGCCACUGCCGCGGUCGAUGGGUAGCCCUCGACGAGUCGGUGGUUUUCAUGAUCAGACCCGUGCAGGCUCUGAAGAGCACUUCGAAGCGGCACGCGUUCGCCACACUGUCUUCCAUUGCGCUGCACCAGCAGAUGAUGCAGACGGACCAGCUCUCGGCCAUGUACACCCUCAGCAAGGGGGGCGGCUGGCGAGGCGUCACCUUCGACGCCAGCACCAACAACCGGCCCUGCAAGGCCCUCGAGGGAUUCGGCCCGCGCCUUCGGAGCAGCCACGCCAGGCGCAAGGAGUUCGCGCGGGUGGGCAGCCGGAACAUGACGGGCUCGGUGGACGUGGGGAAGCUGAGCUCCCCGAAGACGCAGAGGCCGAGGGCACCAACCAACGCCACCAGCGUGGACGAGGAGAUCCCGGUGGCUGCGGUCUUGGACUUCCAGCGCUUCGUGUCCUCCUCCGGGCGCCCGAGCCUGGGCUCCGUGGAUGCCGACGAGGCCAUCGAGACGAGCCUCUCCGACAACGUGGUCUUCAACCGCUACUCCGUGGGCUCCAACUUGCACCAGCUGAAGGGCAUCACCGCCUUGGCGGAGCUCGAGUUUGAGGAGGAGGAGCCGGACCAGCCCUGA